AUGUCGACAAUCUUUUGCGACAUUCUGGAAUAUGUUCGUCACCGAACAGCAUGUGUCGAGCUUACGCGACAGUUCACCGGUGCAAUGACAUUAUCACGAGAAACUAUCGCAUUUCAAGUGCGGAAAGAAAAGUGUAUACCGUUCUACCGGAAGCUGCAGCGAGAUGCGUUGACAGUGAAGCCGCAAGAGCGAAAAUCCGUCAAGAUGCAAUCACUCGUCCUUCCCUUUUUGCUGCUAUCUUUAACGUGUGGCGUAAGAUUUGGCAACGGUCAUCUGAUAGAUGGCAUUUUCACGGAACCAACUUUACAACCGGGUUACAAUUUGGUGGCAGUGGUCCCACGUGGCGCCUUGGCACUGAACGUGACCGAACUCCGUCGUACGCAAAAUUAUCUUGCAAUUAGAUUGCAAGAUGGCAGCUACCUGUUAAACGGAAAUAAUUUUAUUAAUUGGUCCGGCGAAUAUAAAGGAGCCGGAACUACAGUCGUUUACCGUCGUCAAAGUCCUCAGAAUUUAGAAAGCUUUUCUGCCGCGGGACCAUUACAGGAACCCAUAGACAUCAUGGUUUUAUACCAGGAACCGAAUCCUGGUAUUGUUUAUCGAUAUCGAAUUCCUGGAAAUACAAAUUUACCGAGAAGCAAUCAUUUCCCGCAUAAUGCAGUUUCCAAUAAAGGCGUUGAGCAUAGUUUACAAAAUAAAAGAUUUGAAAAUGGACUAACGAUGAGUAAUGUAACAUCGCUACCGUAUUCACCACGACGUUACAGAAAAAGAAAAUUCAUCUGGAAAGCAAUUGGUCACGGCGAGUGUAGUAAAUCAUGUGGUGGAGGUGUACAGGUACUCAGACACGUGUGUAUCAAAGAGCACACACAGCAGCCCGUACCGGAAAAGAAAUGCCAUGGGAUAGAAAAGCUGCAUGAAAUUCAUCUCAAAUGUAAUACUAUGCCAUGUCCUCCCAGAUGGCGAGGCGGACCAUGGAGUGACUGUUCUACUUCUUGCGGUACUGGGGUUCGUACACGAGAACUCGAGUGUGUACAGGAAGUAAAAACGUCGUUAACGAUGAGAAUUGCUGAUGGCGCCUGCACAGAAUUGAGAAAUCUGCCGACAAGCGAAGUGUGUGAGAUGCCAGCAUGCGAGGAGAUUAGACCAACGUCGACGCAGACAUCUCUUCAAUCAUCGACUUCUCAAUGGACCGUUGGUAUUUGGUCUCAGUGUUCCGUGUCCUGUGGCAUGGGAAAAAGAACGAGGAUCGUAACUUGUGCUACUGAAGAUAUUCCAUGUGAUCUCUUAGAAAAACCUGAGGCAUAUGAAACAUGCGAUUCAGGAUCGUGUCCCGUGAAAUCAACGCCACUAAACGUUGUUUCUGCGAAGCUUCAGAGCCCGCAGUGGUUAUUCACUGAGUGGUCUAAUCAGUGUUCGGCAGAAUGUGGAACUGGUGUUCAGACUAGGAGAGUUCUUUGCGAAACAAACUCUAACGAAGAACGUUGCAAUGAAUCAAGUCGACCUGAGAUUUCCAGAGAUUGUUCGAGUAACAGAACUUGCAGUGGUCAGUGGUUCACAGGACCGUGGACGGAGUGUUCUUCAAGUUGCGAUGAAGGUGAGCAAGUUAGAGACGUUGUAUGUGUUACAACCCUUCGAGGUUCUUUACGUGUUGUCUUAGACAUGAAUUGUCCUGCGAAUAAACCGGAGAUUAGAAAAUCAUGCAGAGAGCGUACCUGCACCUCUGAUUGGUUUACAUCAGAUUGGACGCUGUGUUCACGAUCUUGCGGUAAAGAUAUUCAGAAACGCGAAGUCCGAUGUCUAAAUUCGGAUGGUCAAUUACCUGAAUCAUAUCAGCUUCACUGCCGAGAAGAGGAUCGACCAGUAUCUCGAAGGAUAUGUAACGAUUAUGUUUGUAGAGACGAUUUACACGUGCCUGAAAAUUCUCACAAGGUUCUUCAAGUUCAUGAUGAUCCCGAGAUAACGAAUGGUGUCGAAGACAAUCCAGUUUGUAAAGACAAAAUGGCUAACUGCAAUUUAGUCACGCAAGCUCGGCUAUGCUCUUAUCAAUUUUAUAAAGAAUCUUGCUGUCUGUCGUGUUCUCGAGGCAAGCAGGAUUUUGAAUAGAAAUCCUCCCGACAAUCAUGCUCAUUAUGACUUUGUAAUACAAAAAACUGCCUUCAGUAGUUUCCUGUUAUAGUAUAUAUCGCCAAUUAUAACUCUAUUUUUAUCGUCUAUUGGUACAAAUAAUUUUUAAUAAUUGAUAGAUAAAACUUUUGUACGUUUUUUAUGUAUAGAAGUGUAGAUAUACACGUUGCAGAGCAAUUUAACAUGAUUUCGUCAAUAACUUUAUAUAAAAAAGAUGUUUGAUAAAGAAACAAAAGAGACUGAGAUCGCGUAUUGCCGUUAUUGUGCAAUUGCCGAUUUGUUGUAAUGAUCUGACGGAGCAAUUAAAUCCGCACUGUUCUCGCAUAACAAUAUAUAUACAUUUAUACAUUCAACAUUAAUAAAUA